AUGGUGACCUACGACACUGUUGCUGGCGCCAUCAUACAGCUUCCAUCCACUUACAAAGGUGUAACCGGUGGUCUCUGUGGCAACUAUAAUGACAAGAAGGAAGAUGACUUCCUGCUGCCCAGUGGGCUGCAGGAGCCGUCUGUGGAGAAGUUUGCAGCGGGGUGGUUGGUGGUUCUGGAAGGGGUCAAAUGUCAGACAGGAUGUGACGGGGGCUUGAAGUGUCCUCCCUCCACUGGACCCCCGGCGGCUUGUAGCAUCAUAAAGUCAACCAAGGGUCCAUUUGCCCAAUGCCAUGCUGUUGUGCCACCACAAGUGCACUUUGAGGAGUGCGUGAAGGAGGGAGAGGCUUUGACGUGUCCAGCUAACAGUCACUAUGAGUUGUGUGCCGACACCUGUUCUUCCACCUGUGACUCUCUCAGUGAGUCUCCCAAAUGCCCACUAUGCCAGGAGGGCUGCCAGUGUGACGACGGCUUUGUGUUUGAUGGUGGCAAGUGUGUCCUACUGGAGAACUGUGGCUGUGUGGUUGAUGGACACUAUUACAUGUCUGGCCAGUCUGUGAUGCUGGCCAACUGUUCUGGGACCUGCAGCUGUGCUUCAGGAGUGUUCACCUGCAAGAACUCACAGUGCAAAGAGGGCCAGAAAUGUGGGUUGAAGAAUGGAGUGUUGGGCUGCUACAGCACAGACCCCUGUGAGGACACUGAGUGCCGUGAGAAGGAGAACUGUGUGGUGGAGAACAAUAAGGCGGUAUGUGUGGCCCAGUCUAAGGCCUACUGCUGGUUGUUCGGUGACCCUCACUACACCACGUUCGAUGGCCAGCCCUUCUCCUUCAUGGGUACCUGCUCCUACAUUCUGGUGAACACGACGGGCAAAGACCCCUCCCUGCCUCAGUUCAGCAUCCAGACCAAGAACGAGCUGCGCUUCAACUCUAAAGGCUCCUUCUUCAAGUCAGCCAACAUAGACCUGAGUGGUCACAGGAUCACCAUUCUCAGUGGCCAAAGAGGGACAGUGGAGAUUGAUGGCAUUAGGUCUGACCUCCCUGUGAGUUUGGAGUCUGGCAGCAUCAGAAUCACAGAGUCUGGUAUCCAAGGGACCAUCCAGACAGAUGUUGGCCUCAAGAUCACUUUUGACUGGAACAUCCUCUUCAUGGUGACCAUCAGCAGCAGUUACUACGACAACCUCGGUGGCAUCUGUGGCAACUACAAUGGUAACAAAGCAGAUGACUUCACCACUCCCACAGGCGUGCUUUCGACCAAUACCACGGCGUGGGUGGCGUCCUGGAGCGUUGCCGACGGUGACCCUUUCUGCUGGCACGUCUGUAACGGCAACUGCCCCACGUGCUCAGAUACAGACCGGGCACUUUACACUGGACCAAAGUACUGUGGUUUGAUGACACACGGAAGGGGCCCUUUUGACCAGUGUCAUAAGAAAGUGCCGGUGAAGGAGUUUGCCUCAGACUGCCUCUAUGAUGUGUGUCUGAAUGAGGGGCGACAGGAAGUGUUAUGUGAGGCCCUGGCUAACUACGUGGCCAAAUGUCAGCAGGCUGGGGCCAUUGUCUCACCACUGUGGAGAAAGGCCACCAACUGCCCCCUGGCUUGCCCGUACCACAGCCACUAUGAGCUAUGUGGCACUGCCUGCCCUGCUACCUGUGCCAAUCCCAAUGUCUCCGAGAUCUGUUCCAAAGUCUGUGUGAAGGGCUGCCAGUGUGACAAGGGUUACGUGCUCAGCGAUGAACACUGUGUCGUCAAGGAGACAGGGUGUGGCUGUACACACAAUGACCACUACUACCUGCCUGAAGAAACCUUCUGGGAGGGCAACACGUGUCAGAGUAAGUGUGUGUGUGACGGAGCCACACAGAAGGUGGUGUGUAUACCCAGAAGGUGCAAGGCUAGUGAGCACUGUGCCAUCAAAGGUGCGGAAGUGGUGGUUCAGGACUGCUACCCCCUCAGCUUCAAGACCUGCUCAGCACAGGGGGACCCCCACUUCCGCACCUUUGAUGGGAAGCGCUUCGACUUCCAGGGAAACUGUAUCUACAAGCUGGCGGGGGUCUGCUCCAAAGAGCCCGAUCUGGAGAGCUUUGAGGUGACUCUGGAGAACAACAACAGGGGCAGCACCAGAGUCUCCUACGCCAAGGUGGUGACUGUUGUUGUGUUGGGAAGUAGUUACACUAUCACAGGCGACUAUCACGGCAAAGUCCUGGUGAACGAUGUCCUGACGUCUCUACCGUACUACUCCAACAACACUGAGGUUCAGAUCUACAGAAACAGCCGUUUUGCUGUGCUGGAGACUCAUUUCGGUCUCAAGGUCUCCUUCGACUGGUCCAGCGAGGUGAGGGUGAAGGUCCCGAGCACCUACCACAACGCCAUCUGUGGUCUCUGUGGCAACCUCAAUGACAACCCUGACGACGACCUGCUUCUGCCCGAUGGGAAAAAGCCCAUGAGUCCCAAGGAGUUUGGAAACAGUUACUGGGUAGCUGACGUACCGGGCUGCUCCCAUGAGUGCAAAGAUUGUGCAGUUGUAGACAUCCCCCUUAUAAAGCCCAAAUAUGUCAGCGCCUGUGAUGUCAUUGUGGACAAGAGUGGUCCCCUCAGAGACUGCAUUGGUAGAGUGGACUCUGUUGAGUACAAAGAAGACUGCAUCUAUGACAUGAUCCUCAACAGCGGCCUACUGACGGCAGCCUGUGACAUCAUCACCAACUAUGUGGAAGAGUGUCAGGAGAAGGGAGGGAAAAUCGAGGCCUGGAGGAGUAAAGACUUCUGCCACCUCCCUUGUCCAGAGAACAGUGUCUACAGCCUCUCGGCCCCGGGGUGCCCGGCCACAUGUUACUCCAUGACCUCCGCCCCCAGGAUGCACCACUCCUCCAGGGGAGGGCUGUCAGACUGCGGCUGUCACCACGAGGGUCGCUACUUUGUGUCCGGCGAGGUCUUCUAUGAGGAGGAGAACUGCCACCACCGCUGCAGCUGUAGCUCCGGCGAGAUGGCCUGUGAAGUGGCGCCCUGUGGUCCAAAGACCACGUGUGCGGUGGUGAAGGGGGUCAGGGGUUGUUACAUUAUCAGUAGCAAAGAUUCAAACAACCAGUCAUGGAUUCAAAAACUCCUUAACAAAUAUGGAAAACCUGUACAUAUCAAGUUUGGAGGCUAG